AUGGCGACGGCUGCAUCGCCGACCCCAAUGGCCGCCGGCCCUGUCCGGAGGGUCUCGCAGCGACAACAGGCUCUACGCCAGCCUCCUCUACGAUCAGCCAUGACCAGGAGCGAGAGCCAGCAGGCCCAAGCGAUGCAAUCCCAAAGCAACGCCAACCAGUACAACGAUGACAGCUCCGAGGAUGAGAUCCCGGUGCCUAUGAAGCUGAGCGCCCUCACCAAAGCGCUUCUGAACGAUGGCCGAUCUGAGUCUGCCGCCCAGGCCAUGGAGCGUCCACCUUCACCACCACGAACUCGAAGACGGACCAGCCAAUUGGGGGCGUCAAUAUCAUCCAUGUCUGAGCGCGGAAGACACCGAGCCUCUAUCGGCGGGCAAGCUCCCGAGGGCAAAACAUCGAGGACCUCGAGUCCUGCCAGAGAACAUGGCACAAGCCCCCCACAAAGGAAAAGAGUAGUAAGGCUCAGCAACACGCCGCAAACCCUGAGCCAGAUCCAGCCUUCAAAACGACGCUCAAGCUCCUUCUCUCGAUCAACACAGCGACACCAGCAGUCUAGUCGCCCAGCUAGUAGGGAUAAGUCCGCCGAUGAGAAGCCAGAGCCGCCAACAGACAUCAACACACCUGCAAAUGGGAACCGCGUCGUGAGAAUCUCCACCAACUCUUCGGGCAGUCGUAGCAAGCCAGGCUCAGCCGGUGUAUCAUCGGGGCGAUCAUUUGAUCGCUCUGCCGUCGAUAGGUCUGCUAUAGAGAUGGAUGAGUACGAGCACUACGAGAUUCCCGAGACUGUCGCACGUAACACGGCGGCACCUGCAGCCUAUGGUAGUGUCUCACGACAUGCCUCAGCUAAAGGUCGGCUGGAUGAUAAUGGCAACCCGCAGAGUUCGAUGCGCAUCAAGCGUGCCGGCAAGAUCCCCGGGACGUUUCUGAGCGGCCCUGCACGACGUGGCAGGCGGCGGCAGAGUGAAGAGGAUGCUGAAGGCGAAGGAGAAAUGGAUCAGUACAACCCUCACCAGGAGCAAGAUCAAGACCAAGACCAACCGAUGGAGGAUGUACCAGAAGUUAAUUACUAUGCAGAUGGUAAUCGAGACUUCAACUCUGGAAGCCCUGUUAGUGCAAGUGCUUCAGCUAGAGCACUUCAUAGAAGACACUACUCUAGCAUGGAGUCCCGUCCCGGAUCUGGGCGACCCUCGCCGCGUGGAUUUGACCCUGAACCAGAGCCGCAGCGAUAUGCACCCCUAGAAAGAGAGAAGGAGGAUGCAGAAGAGGAGGAAAUACCUUACAGAAAAUCGGUGCUCUAUCAUAAUAUACCCGCCAAUAUACCCUCGACAAGCGAAAAGGAAAAUGACAUCCGCUCCGCUUACAAGCGCCCGAAAUCUUCCUUUGACGAUCCGAUGGACAAGGCCCCUGCGCGACCAAUGAGCAUUGAUCCCGUCUUCGCCAGGCCGGCUUCACCAGAACGGAAACCACUGGCACCAGUCGCAAACAAUACCCCCCAACGACCUGCUCCACCUCCACCUCCCAAGAUGUCUGUUAUGGAGGCGGCUACUUCAGCUACUGGCGCAGCAGCAACUUCAACUUCAACCAAACAGCGAAGGAACGUGCUAAGGGUAAAUGGAAAAACUUACACGAGACUUGACUGCCUUGGCCGCGGCGGCAGCGCCAAGGUGUAUCGUGUGACUGCAGAGAACGGACAAAUGUUUGCUUUAAAGCGCGUGGCCUUGGAGAAUGCCGAUGAAAUGACUAUCAAGGGGUACAAGGGCGAAAUUGAUCUCCUCGGGAGGCUCGAGGGAGUAGAUCGGGUUAUUAACCUCUUCGCCUACGAGAUGAACCUGGAGAAGCAAGUACUCAGCUUGGUCAUGGAAAUGGGAGAGCGAGACUUGAACGCUCUUUUGGCAAGUCGCCAGAACCCUGAAGCUUCCAGAUUUGACCCUGUAUUUGUGCGGUUCUACUGGAAAGAGAUGCUGGAGUGCCUGCACGCUGUUCAUCAAUAUGACAUUGUUCACUCAGAUCUAAAGCCCGCCAAUUUCGUCCUUGUCAAGGGCAGACUCAAGCUUAUCGAUUUCGGCAUCGCCAAUGCCAUUCAGACCGACGAGACAGUCAAUGUCCAUCGCGAAACUCAGAUAGGCACCCCCAAUUACAUGUCUCCCGAGUCACUGCUAGACUCCAACAACCCGCGCGGAGGUCGCUUCCCUGGUCGCCCUAAGCUCAUGAAGCUUGGCAAGCCCAGCGAUGUGUGGUCUCUGGGCUGUAUUCUCUACCAGAUGGUCUAUGGUUUACCACCUUUUGGCCAUAUUGCCAACCAGAUGGCAAGAUGUCAGGCCAUCAUUAAUUGGGAACACCACAUCGAGUUCCCCUCUCGUGGCAUGGGCGGCGCUCCCGUCCCCCCUUCGCUUAUUAGGACUCUGAAGCGUUGCCUCAACCGAGACCAGCAUAUGCGCCCGACAUGCGAAGAACUGCUUCACGACACUGACCCAUUCUUAUAUCCUGCCGAAGUUGGCGACAAGGCUCUUCCCAUCGACGAAGAGCUGCUGGGAAGAAUCAUUCAGAGCGUUGUCACAAGAUGCCGAGAACGCAUGCCAACAGAGUCAGAAGGUGCAAGCGUCUGGCCACAAGCAUACUGGAGCAGUCUAAGAAAAGCAGUGGGGAACAGGCCUCAUUAA